AAAGUGUAACGUGACCUGGAACGAUAAUGGAACGGUUACAUACCGCGAGAAAAAAAAUUGGAAACAUCAGGGAGGGAAUUUAGACGAUGUCGUAGUUGGAGUCAACUAUGUUACUCUUACAGCCACAAGUAUAACACGUUUCUGGAAAUACUACUCCCGAAAAUACUUAUUCCUCAUCUUGAGACCACUUUUCUCAUCAAUGUUUUCGACCCACACCGUCAGUGAAUUACUCUUUGAAGGGUACCAUGAACCUUUGAUCAAAAUAGCACGAGCUUUACCGCUUUUCCAGGAGUUAAAACUCCCAAAUUUUGACCGUUUUGGAUGGUAUUAUGAAAGAAACGGUACCACCGAUUUUGCCGGAGCCAUAAACAUGGGCACCGGAAUUAACUCAACAUUGGGUAAAAUCUACAACUGGGAAUACGACACAAAAACUCAAUUUUUCCAUGAAAAUUGUUCCGACGUUUCUGGGUACAGUGGCCAGUUUUUCCCGAGCGAUCUAAAACCGGAAAAUUUGCUCGCAUUUUCAAUGGAUUUGCGUCGAAAAUUGCCGAUGCAAUUCGACGGAACGGAAAUGGUUGACAACGUUCUGGGAUACAAAUACAUUCCCGGAGACCAAUUUUUCGACAACGGUACAAUUUUUCCGGAAAACUCUUGUUUUUGUAAUGGUGAAUGUGUACCCUAUGGUAUGGUCAACCUCUCAACUACAAGACACCAAUUUCCAAUUUUUCUUUCCCUACCUCAUUUUUUCCAGGCAGAUUCUUAUUAUCUAGACUUAAUUGAUGGUUUAAAACCGGACAAAAACAAACACGAAUCUAUGCUUAUAAUAGAACCGACCACUGGUAUUCCGAUUGAAAUGAGAGCGAAAGCUCAACUUAAUCUUUUGAUAAGACCAGUCGAAGGCAUUCCACUUGUGGAAAACACUCGCAAAAUUUUUGUCCCAGUUUUCUGGACAAAACAAGAUAUAAAACUUACAGGAACACCAAUGUUUUUAAUCAAAUUAAUUAUUAAUUUACCAUUUAUUUGUACGGCGUUAGGGUGUUUGAUAAUUGGGAUUAGUUUUGUUUCAAUUUUUUUACUUUUUAGUAAACGGAGUCAAAAAAAAGUUUUGAAAAAAUUAGAAAAUGAUGUAAUAAUAGACGAAGAGGAACUGGGUCCUUAUACGUUCAUCCAAAAUGAGGAAAAGUGUAACGUGACCUGGAACGAUAAUGGAACGGUUACUUACCGCGAGAAAAAAAUUUGGAAACAUCAGGGAGGGAAUUUAGACGAUGUCGUAGUUGGAGUCAACUAUGUUACUCUUGGUACCACCGAUUUUGCCGGAGCCAUAAACAUGGGCACCGGAAUUAACUCAACAUUGGGUAAAAUCUACAACUGGGAAUACGACACAAAAACUCACUUUUUCCAUGAAAAUUGUUCCGACGUUUCUGGGUAUAGUGGCCAGUUUUUCCCGAGCGAUCUACAACCGGAAAAUUUGCUUGCAUUUUCACCGGAUUUGCGCCGGAAAUUGCCCAUGCAAUUCGCUGGAACGGAAAUGGUUGACAACGUUUUGGGGUACAAAUACAUUGCCGGAGACCAAUUUUUAGACAAUGGUACAAAUUUUCCGGAAAACUCUUGUUUUUGUAAUGGUGAAUGUGUACCCUAUGGUAUGGUCAAUCUCUCAACUACAAGACACCAAUUUCCAGUUUUUUUUUCCCUGCCACAUUUUUUCCGGACAGAUCCCUAUUAUCUAGACUUAAUUGACGGUUUGAAACCGGACAAAAACAAGCACGAAUCUAUGGUUAUAGUAGAACCGACCACUGGUAUUCCGAUUGAAAUGAGAGCAAAAGCUCAACUUAAUCUUUUGAUAAGACCAGUCAAAGGCAUUCCACUUGUGGAAAACUCUCGCAAAAUUUUUGUCCCAGUUUUCUGGACAAAACAAAAUGUAAAACUUACAGGAGCACCAAUGUAUUUGAUCAAAUUGAUUAUUAAUUUACCAAUUAUUUGUACAUCGUUGGGGUGUUUGAUGAUUGUGAUUAGUUUUGUUUCAAUCGCACUAAUUAUUAAACAAUGUCGAAAAAAAAUUUCAAGAAAAUACGAAAAUAAUGUAAUAAAAGACGAGGAAGUUCCGUUGAAUUAAAGCAACUACAAAUAUUAUUCAUUUUUUUAUUGCUUUAUAGUAGUUUCUUGAAAACCAUUAGUCUGAUUAAAACGAGAAAUUGUUGUUACUAGCUAGUUACAUAAUCUUUGAAAAAUUAUACAUUUGUUUUUAUGGCAAGGUUAAUGCUCAUAAUAGGCAUAAUAAACAAAUCGAAUAAGUCUAACCGAUAAAAAUUUACAUUUAAAACUUGUUUUUAAACUGAAACACAUUUUUCUAAUUUAAUAAUUAACUAAUGACGCUAAAACGUUGUUUGGCCUAAUUUCCAAGACAUAAAAUCAUGUUUUAUGGCCCUAAACACAUUUUUCUGGAAAAAUUUAACGACAA